UCGAUUCUGAAAACACACCGAGAGACGAGGGAAGAAACAAGAAACUGGCACGACUGUCUAAAAAGCGGAUAUUCUUACAACUCACGGUGUAAUAUUACCGGCAUUAUUGUCCGAAGUCAUUCUGUUUGGCCUGUCGGGUUUGAAAUGUUACACUUUAGGUUCUCGAGGGCGUUAAAGGAGUUUUGCAAACCCAAUCUAAGGCGCCUUUGGAAAACUAGUAACGUUACAGAUAAUGACAUUAAAGCAGCCUCCGGAGGAUGCGCUUCUUCGUAUAGACGAGCCCUGUGUACGCAGACCGAUGGGGCCAACGAGAAGAGAAGGAAGGCAGGCGUUUUGCCCAGCCUGGAAGAUCUGCUGUUUUACACCAUUGCAGAAGGCCAGGAGAAAAUUCCAGCUCACAAAUUUACCACGGCGCUGAAAGCCACAGGUCUGCUUACUGGAGACCCUCGUCUGAAGGAGUGUAUGGAGAUGUUAAAGGUCACCCUGAAGACCACAUCAGAUGGCGCUCUGGAUCGACAGCUCUUCAAAAAGUGUGUGCAAAGCAAUAUUGUGUUGCUGACGCAGGCUUUCCGGAAAAAGUUUGUCAUUCCCGACUUUCAGUCAUUUACCUGUCACAUCGAUCAGAUUUAUGAGAGCGCUAAAUCAAUGUCGGGUGGCCAGGUGGCAGAUUACAUUCCUCAACUAGCGAAAUUUAGCCCUAAUCUCUGGGGCGUUGCCCUGUGCACUGUAGAUGGCCAACGAUACACUGUGGGUGACACGAAAGUACCGUUUUGUCUGCAGUCGUGUGUGAAACCAUUAAAGUACGCAAUUGCUGUUCACGAUCACGGCACUGAAUACGUGCACCGCUUUAUAGGGAAGGAACCCAGCGGCCUUCGUUUUAACAAACUCUUUCUCGACGAAGAUGAUAAACCUCACAAUUCCAUGGUAAACGCUGGCGCCAUAGUUUGUACCUCUCUCCUCAAGCAAGGUGUAAGCAAUGCUGAGAAGUUUGACUAUGUGAUGAAUUUCAUGAAGAAGUUGGCAGGAAAUGAAUAUGUUGGUUUCAGCAAUGCUACGUUUCAGUCAGAGCGACUGUCAGGUGACAGAAACUUUGCCAUCGGUUACUACAUGAAGGAGAAGAAGUGUUUUCCAGAGGGUACAGAUAUGAACUCCAUCCUGGACCUUUACUUCCAGCUAUGCUCCAUUGAGGUAACCUGCGAAAGUGCCAGUGUGAUGGCAGCCACCCUGGCCAACGGAGGCUUCUGUCCAAUCACGGGUGACCGUGUGCUGAACCCCGAGGCCGUACGAAACACUCUGAGCCUCAUGCACUCCUGCGGCAUGUACGAUUUUUCAGGACAGUUCGCUUUCCAUGUUGGUCUCCCGGCUAAAUCAGGGGUUUCCGGAGGCAUCCUUCUGGUGGUGCCCAAUGUGAUGGGCAUUAUGUGUUGGUCUCCUCCUCUUGACAAACUGGGCAACAGCGUGCGAGGAAUCCAGUUUUGCACGGACCUGGUCCAGCUCUGUAAUUUCCACAACUAUGAUAAUUUACGCCACUUUGCUAAGAAACUGGAUCCCCGCCGAGAGGGCGGAGAACAACGGGUCAAGUCGGUUAUCAACCUGCUGUUUGCGGCCUACACAGGAGACGUGUCGGCUCUGAGAAGGUUUGCACUCUCGUCGAUGGAUAUGGAGCAGAGAGAUUACGACUCUCGGACGGCCCUUCAUGUAGCUGCUGCUGAAGGUCACACUGAGGUUGUACGUUUUCUUCUAGAAGCUUGUAAGGUGAACCCUGUGCCCAAAGAUAGGUGGGCUAACACUCCCAUGGACGAGGCCAUUCAUUUCGGCCAUCACGAUGUCGUAACAAUCCUGAAGGACUAUCACAACACCUAUAGCCCCAAGGAGACCACUGCCGACAGCGACAAGGAGACGGCCGAGAAGAACCUGGACGGGAUGCUGUAGAGAUGAUCUGUCAAGUUAAAAUACUCCAGAUUUUCCCAGUGAGUCUGUGUGU